CUAGUUGAUACUUCAUAAAUCAAUAAAUCCUGAAGUACUGCCUUCAGAAUUGUUUGCUGCCUGUUCUAGGUGUAGCUACGGACUGAACUCGAAUGAGUCGUGGCAGGCCUUAGCACAUUCCGGGCUUCUUGGAUCCCAGCUUACGCUGAGAGACACCGUAUCCCAGGCUUCGUCACGUCGCGUUCCGUUACCUGCCUGGACUCUACGUCACCAGCCACGUAGUAUUGAGACCAACCCCGAGUACGCUACGGUUCGCGUGACAGACCUGAGAAACGACCGGUCGCCCAACCACGCUCUAGUCCGAUUUCUAUCUGCAUCAUUGCAUAUUCUGCCCUUUAUACGUAUGCAAUCACGCCCUAUCACGCUCUCAUAUUACACACACCGUACCUCGCACGGCCCUCAUCAACCAAAAUGGACCCCACUCAACCCACCCAUCCGCAUCGCCGCAGGCGAUCGACGACGGGACGCAUAUACUCUGACAGCCUAGCUUCGAAUAUGAUAGAGCGGACGAGAAGAGAGAUGUUCUACCGAGCGUGUGCGCAGGGUUUUCCUUAUUCAAGAAAACUAACGGCGCACGUCUCAUGUGUUAAUUAUCUCAUGUUCUCUCGUAAAGGUGGCAGAUGGUUAGCCAGUGCUGGGGAUGAUUUUCGUAUUCUCCUGUGGGAUUUCAAUCAGGAGGAUGUGAGAUCUCCUUCGGGAUGCUACUCUGGUCCAGCGGGAAAUGUGUUAUCCCUUGAUUUCUCAGCUUCGAAUCAAUAUCUGAUAAGUGGAGGUGCAGAUAAUCUAGUACUAAGGUAUGACGUAUCGAGACUGGUUUCGCCUGGCGUACAAUGGGCCCCAGAGAGGCCGUUGCCUGCGCUGAGCGUGUAUAGGCGACAUGAUGACAGCGUGCGUUCCGUCAGUGCUCACCCCCACCAUGAAGAACUCUUCUUCAGUGCUGGCGAAGAUGGAAGGAUCAUUCUUCAUGAUGCACGUGCCGAUAGGAGGUCGUCGAGCGCACAAGGAAUAUAUCAACAUACUACCGAGUUUACAGGCGUACAAGCACAUCCUGUCAUGGAACAUAUCUUCGCGACGAGCGACUCACAUGGGCAGGUGUGUCUUCGUGACACGAGAAUGGCGUUCGGACCGCUGUCGACUAGGUCCAAUGAGGGUAUUGUGCAGACGUAUGUUACAAAGUUAUCCAAGAGGUCUUUGGGAUAUCUCAGUAACCCUGAAAGCAGUAGUAUCACAUUCGAUUGUGAUGGAGGUCGAUUGGCGGUGACCAUGCUGCACUGGUAUCCGACGAUAUAUGCUCUUUCUGAUCCAUAUCCACUGGCUGUGUGUACUGGGCGCAAUAACCCCGAUGGAAAUCCAGUUCCUGCUGGAGAGCGGACGUAUUCGAAUUCGUGUACAAUGAAGUCAGGUGCAUUUGGAGGCCCCGGAAUUGGCGAAGAUGUUCUUUACGCAAUGGGCUCUGACGAUUUCAGGGGAUACGUUUGGGAGAUACCUGAGACGACGAUAUUAACGAGUCUCCGACAGGAGAUUCCUACAGAGGAAUGGUAUACACGAGAGUGGCACGACGUCGUAGGUUAUUGCGAGGGAUUGUCGGCGACUCGUUAUGUACCUUCGGAAAUAUCGACCCCGUUGUGCCGGCUGAAUGGACAUCGUUCUAUCGUGAACGCGAUUGCGAUCCACCCUUCACAGCUUCACAUCGUCACAUCAGGCAUCGAGCGUCACAUCGUGUUACAUAGCCCUAUGCCUUCGUCGGCUAUCGCGCAGGAUCUCUCUCUGACACCAUUGGAGGUGAGGAAGUUGCCAGAAUACAGCCCUGAAGACGAGAUGCGCUUCUUGGGAGCACUAUUAGGCACACACUCGACCUUACAUGGGGAUGCGGGUCAAUCGGACGAUGAGAGUCAAACAAUCUUAUUAUUUGACCAUAUUCUUGGGGAGGAAGGUGAAGGGGAUAUUUUCGAGUUGAGGCAGUGUAAGGAAAAUGAUGAUGACGAAGAUGAUGAGGAUGAUCAUGUGUUGAUUGAUAUCAUGAGGUCCCCAUCAGCCUCUCCACCUUGAUUUGAGGUUGUCUGUAGUCUGAGUGUGCAGAGUAUGAAGGCCAAAUGUGUAGACAGAAUGUGCAGAGUGUACAGAGUGUGUAGACUGGGUGUAUAGAUUGUGUAGACAGAGUGCAUAGGCCAAAUGUGUGAACUGAGGUGUAGACUUACACAGCC